UGACGUAAUUGUUAGCUGAAGCGCAUGUCCAGAAUGUUCAAGAUGUAAACAAAAAUGGCGUCCGAACCUCUGCCAUCUGAGUUAAAGCCCAUAAAUUCUUUUUUAAAAUUAGCCAAAGAAUAUGACAAGAGAGAUCCCACUAUUGCUUAUUUCUGUCGCCUAUAUGCUGUUCAAAAAGGAAUCAAAGUUGCGUCAAAAGCUUCUGCAUGUAAAGUUUACUUACUUUCUUUGAUGGAUGAAAUAGAAAAGGAAAAGAAAGCCUUACUGGCAAGAGGUGAUGAAGCUGUUGGUAACGAUAUAGUGGCACAAGCUCAUGUCGAAAAUGUGUCAAUAAAUCUAUUUUCAUGGGCAGAUGGAGAAGACAGAAAAGGAGUUUUCAAUAAAAGUGUCACAAAAGCCUUCUACUCCGCAAGUUUAUUAUUUGAUGUAUUGUCACAAUUCGAAGAUAUAAGUGAUCAGUGUAAAGUUCAACAGAAGUACGCCAAAUGGAAAGCGACCUAUCUUCAUAAAUGUAUGCAGAACGGUGAAACUCCUGUGGCUGGGCCAGAGGGUUCUGGCUUCGAAGACGAUCUGAACGUAAAUAUGCCAGGUGAUACCAGCAAUGCGUUCUUCAACUCUGGGCCUGGUUAUCCAACUGACUUCAAUGCUCAUUCUUCUAUGCCACCACAACCAGGCGCAUUCUCGUAUACCCAACCAGAACGACCGACGCCUGCACCGAGACAGCCUCCUCCUCCCAGCGCUUCAUCAUCAUACGUGGAACCGGCACAAGACACUUCAUCUGUUGAUACUAGUAAUGUAGAUUUUAUGCAAGCUACUAAACUUUGCAAAUUUGCUAUGAGUGCUUUACAAUACGAAGAUGUCGAUACUGCUGUUCAAAACCUUACGAAGGCUUUACAUCUUCUGAAACCAGGUGCACGAUGAACUGGUUUACCGAUUACAUGGUCUAGCUUCUUUAUUUAAAAGAGAUCAAGGAAAAGCCAAAGAUUGAAUCAAAAGACGUGAUUAUGCGUUGAUAUUCAUAACGUAGUUACUACGAUAUGUUAAUCUUUCUUUAAACUUUGUUGUAGAAUCUUACUCGUGUUUUGGUUUGUUGAUAGACAAGAGAAAUUUGCUGACAUUCUUUGUAUUAAUAUUUUUGAAAAAAUGCCAAAGUAAUGUUCACAUAAAAUAUAAUUUUGCAGUUUC